GUCGCGCCAUAGUGACGUCAUGCCGCCGGCGCGGGCGGGUGACGCAGCGGGGCCCGUUGUCUGUGUGUGGGGCUGAGGGGCCCCGGGGGCGGUGGGGGCUCCCGGUGGGGGCGGCGGUGGGGCGGAAGGGCCUGGACAUGGCGCUGAGGGGUCGCCCCACGGGAAGAUGAAUAAGGGCUGGCUGGAGCUGGAGAGCGACCCGGGCCUCUUCACCCUCCUGGUGGAAGAUUUUGGUGUCAAAGGGGUGCAGGUGGAGGAGAUCUAUGACCUUCAGAGCAAAUGCCAGGGCCCUGUAUAUGGAUUCAUCUUCCUGUUCAAAUGGAUCGAAGAGCGCCGGUCCCGUCGCAAGGUCUCUACCUUGGUGGAUGAUACAUCUGUGAUUGAUGACGAUAUUGUGAAUAACAUGUUCUUUGCUCACCAGCUGAUACCCAACUCUUGCGCCACUCACGCCUUGCUGAGUGUACUCCUGAACUGCAGCAAUGUGGACCUGGGGCCCACCCUGAGUCGCAUGAAGGACUUCACCAAAGGCUUCAGCCCUGAGAGCAAAGGAUAUGCAAUUGGCAAUGCCCCGGAGUUGGCCAAGGCACACAAUAGCCAUGCCAGGCCUGAGCCGCGCCACCUUCCUGAAAAGCAGAACGGCCUUAGUGCAGUGCGGACCAUGGAGGCGUUCCACUUUGUCAGCUAUGUGCCUAUCACAGGCCGGCUCUUUGAGUUGGAUGGGCUGAAGGUCUACCCCAUUGACCAUGGGCCCUGGGGGGAGGAUGAGGAGUGGACAGACAAGGCCCGGCGGGUCAUCAUGGAGCGUAUCGGCCUCGCCACUGCAGGGGAGCCCUACCACGACAUCCGCUUCAACCUGAUGGCAGUGGUGCCCGACCGCAGGAUCAAGUACGAGGCCAGGCUGCACGUGCUGAAGGUGAACCGUCAGACAGUACUGGAGGCCCUGCAGCAGCUGAUUAGGGUAACACAGCCAGAGCUGAUUCAGACCCACAAGUCUCAAGAGUCACAGCUGCCUGAGGAGUCCAAGCCAGCCAGCAGCAAGUCGCCCCUGGUGCUGGAGACAAGCAGAGCCCCAGUGGCCUCUGAGGGCACCCACACAGAUGGUGCGGAGGAAGUGGCUGGUUCAUGCGCACAAGCCCCGACCCACAGUCCUCCCAGCAAACCCAAGCUGGUGGUGAAGCCUCCAGGGAGUGGCCUGAAUGGGGUUCCCCCCACUCCCACCCCCAUUGUCCAGUGGCUCCCGGCCUUUCUAGACAAUCACAACUAUGCCAAGUCACCUAUGCAGGAGGAGGAAGACCUGGCAGCUGGUGUGGGCCGCAGCCGAGUUCCAGUCCGCCCACCCCAGCAGUACUCAGAUGACGAGGAUGACUACGAGGAUGACGAGGAGGAUGACGUGCAAAAUACCAACUCUGCCAUCAGGUAUAAGCGGAAGGGGACAGGGAAGCCAGGGUCCUUGAGUGGUUCCGCAGAUGGGCAGCUGUCAGUGCUGCAGCCCAACACCAUCAACGUCUUGGCUGAGAAGCUUAAAGAGUCCCAGAAAGACCUCUCAAUUCCUCUGUCCAUCAAGACUAGCAGUGGGGCUGGGAGUCCAGCUGUGGCAGUGCCCACGCACUCGCAGCCCUCACCCACCCCCAGCAAUGAGAGCACAGACACAGCCUCUGAGAUUGGCAGUGCUUUCAACUCGCCACUGCGCUCGCCCAUCCGCUCGGCCAACCCAACACGGCCCUCCAGCCCUGUCACCUCCCACAUCUCCAAGGUGCUUUUUGGAGAGGAUGACAGCCUGCUGCGUGUUGACUGCAUACGCUACAACCGUGCUGUCCGCGACUUGGGUCCUGUCAUCAGCACAGGCCUGUUGCACCUGGCUGAGGAUGGUGUGCUGAGUCCCCUGGCGCUGACAGAGGGUGGUGGGAAGGGUUCCUCACCCUCCAUCAGACCAAGCCAAACCAACCAGGGAUCCAGGAGCCCAGUGGAGAAGGAGGUGGUGGAAGCCCCGGACAGCAGAGAGAAGACUGGGUUGGUCAGGCCUGGCGAGCCCUUGAGUGGGGAGAAGUACUCACCCAAGGAGCUGCUGGCACUGCUGAAGUGUGUGGAGGCUGAAAUUGCAAACUAUGAGGCCUGCCUCAAGGAAGAGGUGGAGAAGAGGAAGAAAUUCAAGAUUGACGACCAGAGAAGGACCCACAACUAUGACGAGUUCAUCUGCACCUUCAUCUCCAUGCUGGCUCAGGAAGGCAUGCUGGCCAACCUGGUGGAGCAGAACAUCUCAGUGCGGCGGCGCCAAGGGGUCAGCAUUGGCCGGCUCCACAAGCAGCGGAAGCCUGACCGGCGGAAACGCUCUCGCCCCUACAAGGCCAAGCGCCAGUGAGGACUGCUGGCCCUGACUCUGCAGCCCACUCUUGCCGCAUGGCCCUCACCAGGGCCUCCUCCCUGCCCCACUCCCCCUUUUCCCAGUAUUACUGAACAGUUCCAGCCAGAGAGCCCAGGCCCUGGGAAUGGGAGCCAGGCCACAUGCCUGGCAUCAUGCCCUGGGGCCUGGCAGGGACAGGUGAGCCCCCUAGUGCUCAGGAGGCAGCAGCUGGAGUUGGGGCACAGCAAGGUACUGCGGCUUCUUCCACAGCCGGCUGUGGAGUGGCAGGACCUGGCCCUUCUGCAUGGGCAGCAGAAUAUAUAUUUUAUCUAUCAGAGACAUCUAUUUUUCUGGGCUCUAACCCAUCUUGCCACCAUGUUGAC